UACGCUGGUGGCGUUCGCGUCGCGAGUUGUCUGUGUGUGCGUUUGAAAAUGAAUUGAAAAUGUGUGUUUUGCGUUAAGAAGCCCACAACUCCACUGAGCUAAAAUAAAUCAUGUAUAUCAACAAAAUCGAAGAAGCCAAAGCGUCGCAGCCAAAGAUGAAAUCAACAACCAGAAAUUGCCAGUCAUAAAAAAUAAAGGAAGGAAACUCAAGUGCUUCCAUUAAACACCACAAGAAAUAGAAAAUAUAAAAAAAAACACAUAGCUUCCAUAAAACUAUGGAAACUGAUAGCCGUGCACGACACCAUCCAAGUGGAGCAAUGAGUUCCAGUUCCGGCAGCAGUCGCAACGGUGGCUUCUGUGGUGCCCUGCAACGUGCACCGCCGCCCAUGCCGCCCGGCCUGGCGAGGCGCCUCGCCAGUCGCGAGUGCUACGGCGUUGGCAAAGUCAAAGUGAUGCUACGAGUCGCCGACAGAGCGGACCCGGGUGCCGAGCACGAUUUCAUGGCCCUGGACAAGAAGAAGCGACAGGUGACCCUCACCGAUCCCAAGAAUGUUUGUGCGCCCCAAGCACAGGAGCGGGCACCGAUGGUCGCAGCGCCCAAAAUGUUUGCAUUCGAUAAUUUGUUCACAGCGGACGAUAAACAGUCGGACGUAUGUGCGGCUGCCUUGAGCGAGGUAAUACCCGCUGUGCUCGAGGGCUCCGACGGAUGCCUGCUGGCCAUGGGCUAUCCGGGCACUGGGCAGCCGCAGACGGUGCUCGGGGAGCUGGGAACUGGAGCACUUGGAGCAGCGGCCUGUGCGAUUGCCUGGCUCUACAAGGGCAUACAGGAGCGGCGACAGAAGAGCGGAGCUCGUUUCUCUGUGCGCGUUAGUGCCGUUGGCGUCAGUGCAACCAAACCGGAUGCUCUCUCCACGGAUUUGCUCAUCUCGCAUGCGGCUGAAUCUGACGACUCCCCGGGGAUUUAUUUGCGUGACGACUUCCUUGGCGGCCCAACGGAACUACGUGCACCCACCGCCGAACGUGCGGCUCUCUUUCUUGACUCGGCGCUGGCCGGACGCUUAAAAAGUUCCGGUUCUGGCAAUUCCAACAGCUCCAACUCCAACUCUAACUCCAACUCCAACUGCAAUUCAAACUCCAACUCCAAUUCGAAUACAACGACGACGCUGGAGUCCGCCCUCAUCUUUACGCUGCACGUCUACCAGUACAGCCUGUCCCGCAAGGGGGGUGUUGCCGGCGGUCGGAGCCGUUUACAUAUCAUCGACUUGGGCGGCUGUGCGAAUCGCAGCGGUGGUCUGCCGCUCUCGGGAAUUGGCAACAUACUGUUGGCCAUAUUGAGCGGACAGAGGCAUCCGCCGCACAAGGACCACCCGUUGACGCCGCUGCUGAAGGACUGCUUGGCUCCCAUCACCUGCCAUGUGGCAAUUGUCGCCCAUGUCCUCCACGAACAGUGCUACCAGGAUGCCCUCUCCACGAUACAGAUUGCCUCCCGCAUUCAUCGUUUGCGUCGUCGCAAGCAUCGUGUACCCAUGCCACUGGCUGUCGGCCUGGCUCAGGGUCUUAAUCCUGGCGGCGCCGGGGGUGCUGGCUCCUCGGCUGGCUCGGGCGCAGAUCCAUCGAGUUCGGAAAUAUCAGCGGAUACUGUCAUCUAUAUGGGACCCCACGAUGAUGCCACAGAUGGUGAACAUCCGCCCGUUUAUCUGCCCUCGCUGAGUGCCACAGCCGAUGGUCGGAGUGGAGUGCCGAGCAAGGCUCUGAAGGGAGAUAAACCCAUCGAGAAACCAACUGCGCAACCCAAAUCGAACUGUGCCAGUCCACUGAUGAAGAAGGCAGCCAUCGAGAAGGCCAAAAAGUUGCAGCCCUCGCUGAGCAGCAAUGGCAGCCUGAAGCGACAUAAUAACACUAAUAACACCAUCGGUGCCGCUUCCUGUUCCACGGCCUCAACGAUGAUGGCACAUGAGAUGAUGCUGCCGCCGCCAGGUUCACCAAUUCCUCGCCACAUGUGCUCCAAGGCAUCGAAUAUGCCGACGCCAAAGGGUUCGCCUCUGCGCCGGCCACAUGGCUCCAAUCCGGGGGCAGCCCUCGAGCAGCUGGAGGCGGGCAUGCGCAAGAUCACCGAAGAGCAGUGGAUCGAUGGACCGCGCGUGUCCCGCGCCAAAGUGGCGGAGGCACGUCACCUGAUGCGCGAGGUGAACCAUGUGAAGCAGUGCGAGACUUGGGUCGAUGGACCCAAAUCGCAAUCGUGUCGUUCCCUCACAGCGGGCAAUCUGCCCGCAGCUGCCCAGACGCCCGGCUAUGGCUUUAUGGAUGCGCACAAGAAGACCAUGAUACGCCAGUGGGUGGAGAAUCAGACCUCACAAGUCUUCCAGAGCACCAGCAGUUGUCCGUCGCCGACGGCGCUGCACUUAAAACUCUCACAACUCAAACAGAAAUGGCUGGAUUUGCCCGAGCGAACCAGCUCCCAGACGGAUCAGCAACUAGUAGAGCUCCAGCCACAGGGAAUAGAAAACUGCAGUCAAGAUGUGCCGCCGGAUGGCGAUGAUCAGGAUAGUGGGCCGUCAGAGGUGCCGCCAGCGUUGCCGCUGCUCGACGAUCCACUCGGCUCGCGGGACAUCUCCCACGACAAUCUGCAACGGAUGCUCUCACGGCACGUGUCACGCGAACAGCUCCAGGAGGCAGAGCUGGCCGCGAGUCGCGCCUCCUCGCAGCAUCCCUCGUCGCAGCGCAGCAUCGAUUGCGGUCUGCAGGUGACGGAGGAGGAGAUCGCCCGGACAAUGGCUCGCAGCGAACAGGAACACCCGCAUCCGCUGGCCACGCUCAGCCACUGCGACAAUCUGUCCUUUGUCUCCAGCUUCAACAUGGCCUGCGAAUCGUUCAGCGAGUGCGGCGAGAGAGCCAGACACCAAUUCGACCAGCUGGCCCGUCUGCACGAGAUCUUCACCUCGCAGCUGGCGAUGGCUGAGGUGACACCCUCGACGACGCUCUAUCGCACGGAUUUGGGCAGUGUGUUCAGUGAGCCAGCGUUCCGUUUCAAUGUGGGUCAGAGCAGUGUGUGCAGUGAGCCCGCCUAUCGCCUGACGCCGAGUCCACCCAAGCAGCCAUCGCAUAGUCCCAGCCAGGGUUCGUUGCCCAGCUUGAAUGGCAUCAUGGAGAUUGCCGGCAUGGAUGAUUAUGCGUUGUUGCGUCAACCGGAUGGCGCCUCCGAUCCCAGUCUGCCGAAGAGCGAGAUACGUUUUGCGCCGCAACACGAUGAUAUCUGUGAACUGGAGGAGAAAUCGAUGACAGCAGCUGGGACAACAAUGGGCCGCCAGGGGUCACUCGAGGAUGCGCAGCACAAACUGAACGAGAUCACGAAUAUAUUGCCGCUGGCAGCGCAAUCGCGUCUGCCACUGUUGCCGCUGAACACCAGCUCGGAGGCCUAUGACAGUGGCCAUGAUUCCUCCACGCCACGCACCUCCAAGCAUUCGGGCAUCUCUCGGCGGGCGGAGAGUGGUUAUCAUAGUGUCGCCACCGUGCGCGAUUCGGAUGAGAGCAGUUUUGCGUCGGGCAUGUCGAAGGGGCAGCGACAUCGAAUCACCAUCUCCGGCGGAGCCAACUAUCCACGGGGCCAGGGCAAGAAGCGGCAGCGACAGGACGGCGGCAGCAAUAAGGGACUAUGCAGUUGGCUGCUGCAACCGUUCUCCUGCACCUAUCCAGAGACUGAGGGCGAGAUCAGCGAUUUCUAAUUUGUUCCACCACGUUCAGAGUGGAGAGUUGUUGUCCCACCAAUCAGCGCAACGAGAGCUAUUCCAAGCAUUUAACAAAGGCCAAAGAAUUAACUAUAUAUAUCAAACACAUCAAAUCUGACAUAUGGAUAGAAAAAAAAAAACAUAAGAAAAAAUAAAAACAGCGACUGAUUAACUUUUACUUGGCGCCGGCUGCCACAACACACAAUUUUAAACAAGCAAAAGAAACGAAACGAAAUGAAACAAAAAAAAAAAAAACAAAACAACAAAAAAACUACUCUAAUCUAACCCAACUACCUAAUUAUACCUAUGCUAUAAAGACGACGCCAUACACUCAAAAAAAAACUCACAAAACUCACUCACUCACUCACUAAUACACGCAUAAGUUCAAACGGGGCUUUAAGUAUCUUAAGUUGCCAGCUAGCAUAAUACAAAAUCUACACAUUGGGAGUAGUCACGUUGGUUCAAUAUAUAAAAAAUACAAAUAAAAUUAUUAUCAUGACUACCCCUACUCAAUUUUAAGGGAUACUCACGAGGCUUGCACUCAUUUCGACGUCGUCAAAGUCAAUAUAUGAAAAGAAUUUAACCGUUUUAAAUCCUAUAAGGGAAACAAACAUUUAACUACCCUUACUAAUUUUUAAAGGGUAAGUAAAGUAAAGUAAAAAAAAAAACACAAAGCAGUAAUUAAGAGUGACAGGAAAACGAUUUUAUCAGCA